ACCCCCAUUAUUAACAACUCCAUUUCUUCAAGGAAAGAACAAUGCUAUGACUUCAUAUGGCUAUAAUGGGCCUCGUAGAAUUAUCCAAAUUCCAAGAAACAAAAUCCUGGAAUCUUGCAGAGAAAAAGGGGAUGGCGAGACAGUUAAAACAGUCAUACAUGUCUCGUUUUGCUUUCAAUUCGUAAAAAGCUUCGUGAUUUUAGCCCUCAUUUCAACUUUGAUUGCUGACCCACAAGACUUGUUUCUUACUUCUUCCCCACCCUCCCUCCAUUUCUGUCUCUCUCAAGCUUUCCACCUUCCUUCUUCAACUGCAUUUUUGUUCCUUGACCUCCAUUGAAGCUCUGAAUCCUGUCUCCGCCGUUGGGCUUGUUCAGAAUGAGUUCUCAAGCACCCAAAUCGUCGAGACCUUCAAAACCCCCAAAUCAAUCGCCACCCACAUCCAGAUCCUCGGCCUCUUCUCUAUCUUCCCAUCUCGCCAUGGUUGAACUCAAGCAAAGGAUUCUUACCGCUCUCUCUAAGCUUGCCGAUCGAGACACCCACCAGAUCGCCAUUGACGACCUGGAGAAAAUUAUCCAGUCCAUUUCCCCGGAAGCUAUUCCUAUGCUCCUCAAUUGCCUCUACGACUCCUCUGCUGACCCGAAACCCGCUGUGAAGAAAGAGUCAUUGCGGCUUCUAACUGUUGUUUGUGCUUCCCAUAGUGAUUCUACUUCCACCCAUUUAACUAAAAUUAUAGCUCACAUCAUAAGAAGGGUUAAAGAUUCUGAUUCUGGAGUGAAGGAUUCGUGUAGAGAUGCCAUUGGUGCACUGUCGGCGCAGUACUUGAAAGGGGAUAGUUCUGGCGGUGGUGAUAAUGGAGGUCUUGGGUCUGUGGUAGCAUUAUUUGUUAAGCCACUGUUUGAGGCAAUGGGAGAACAAAACAAGGGCGUUCAAUCUGGGGCUGCAUUGUGUAUGGCUAAGAUGGUGGAGUGUGCGGCCAGCCCACCCAUCAUGGCCUUUCAGAAGCUUUGCCCCAGGAUCUGUAAGUUGCUCAACAAUCCAAACUUUUUGGCAAAGGCUUCACUCCUCCCUGUGGUAUCCAAUUUAUCACAGGUCGGUGCUAUUGGACAACAGAGUUUGGAAAAUUUGCUACCAAGUAUUCAUGAGUUACUUGGGAGCACUGACUGGGCGACGCGCAAGGCAGCAGCUGAUGCACUAAGUGCAUUAGCAUUGCAUUCAAGCAAUUUCAUUACGGAUGGAGGUGCUUCCACUUUUGCAGUACUUGAGGCUUGUCGUUUUGACAAGAUAAAACCUGUUCGAGACAGCAUGACAGAGGCACUGCAACUGUGGAAAAAACUUGCUGGUAAAACAGAUGGUGCUGCAGAAAGUCAAAAUGCAUCUCAAGACGGUGAAAGCCAUGAACCAGCGGAGUUGUCUCAAAAGUCUGACAUGACAACUGCAAAUUCCCCUCAGGGAGGGAGGUCACUAGACAAAGAUAAAUCUGAGGAACCUAUCCCUGUAUUGAAUUCAGCUUUGAAAACCAAAUGUGGUAGUAUUUCAGAUAAAGCGGCUGUAAUAUUGAAGAAGAAAGUACCUGCUUUAACUGACAAAGAGUUGAACCCGGAAUUCUUUCAGAAACUCGAAACUAGAGGAUCUGGGGAUUUGCCUGUGGAGGUGGUUCUUCCUCGCAGACAUGCCAAUUCUUCAAACACAAAUGAUGAGAAAUCAGAGCCUGAUAAUUCAACUGCAGGGGGAAGAUCAACUCGUGUUGAAAACACCAACACAGAUGAUUUUCAAAGAGCAUUCAAUAAGUUUCGUGACUCCGAAAGAGCUCAAAUGGCUAAGAUGCGGGAUUAUGAUGAUCUUGAGCGAGAUAAAUGGCAUGAGGGGAAAAUAAAUGGACGAGACUCCCGAACAAGAGCAUACAAUGUGAAUGAUCAAAAUGACGUAUCUCAGCGGGAAUCUUCUGGUGCUCGUUCGGACUUCUCCAAAAUGGAUGCCCAAUCGGAAAGUUCCUUCAUAAAUAGCAAGGGAAGUUGGUCCGCUAUCCAGAGGCAGCUAUUGCAGUUGGAGAGGCAACAGGCGCAUUUGAUGAACAUGCUGCAGGAUUUCAUGGGAGGCUCUCAUGAUAGCAUGAUAACUUUGGAAAACAGAGUCCGUGGACUUGAGAGAGUUGUCGAAGACAUGGCACGUGAUUUAUCCGUGUCAUCUGGUAGGAGAGGGAACUUUCCUCUAGGAUUUGAAGGAUCGUCUAAUAGGCAUCUAGGCAAGUAUAGUGGAUUUUCGGACUAUCCGGUUGCCAAGUUUGGACGAAACAAUGAUGGAAGAGUUCCUUUUGGAGAGAGGUUUGUUCAAUCAGAAGGAAUUGGUGCAAACAUGAGAGGAAGGAGUGCUGCAUGGAGGCCUGAUAUGAAUGAAACUUGGGAUUAUCCUGCUUACAUGUCGAGAAAUGGGCAGAUGGGAUCUAAGAGAUCUCUAGAUGCCAGCAUCGACAAUAGGUCAUCUAAAUCAGAACAGGAAAGCGACCAAGGUGGUAACAGAAGAGCAUGGGAUAAAGGUGCUGGACCUUUAAGACUUGGUGAGGGGCCAUCUGCAAGAAGUGUUUGGCAAGCAUCAAAAGACGAAGCAACCUUAGAAGCCAUUCGGGUAGCUGGGGAAGACAACGGAAUAUCUAGGACUCCGAAAGUGGCCAUUCCUGAAUUGACUGCCGAAGCAUUGGUAGAGGACAAUGCUGGUCAAGAACGGGAUCCAGUAUGGACUUCUUGGACUAAUGCAAUGGAUGCCCUUCAGGCAGGGGAUAUGGACAUGGCUUAUGCUGAAGUUCUUUCUACUGGAGACGACAUCUUGCUCAUAAAGCUAAUGGAAAGAACUGGGCCUGCGGUUGACCAAAUCUCAAAUGAGAUAGUCAUUGAGAUUUUCCGUGCCGUGGGACAAUUUCUACUCGAGCAGAACUUGUUUGACAUAUGUUUAUUUUGGAUUCAACAGUUGGUAGAAAUUGUUUUGGACAAUGGACCUGACUGUGUGGGGAUUCCUAUGGAAGUGAAGAAAGAACUAUUGUUAAAUUUUCAUGAAGCAUCUUCAACAAUGGAUCCACCUGAAGAUUGGGAAGGUGCUUUACCUGACCAACUUUUGUCGCAGUUGGCCUCUGCUUGGAGAAUUGAUAUUGGACAACUCCAAUAGAUACUAUUUGUAAACUCUUUUUUGCUGAAUGGAUGAACUAAAUUCUUUUGUAUAAGCAAUAGUUUUCUUCCCAUUCAAAAUGAAUUGAAAAUGGGAUAUAUAUUGGUUUGUUCAGGAAAUGGUUUUCAGAUUUUUUUUUC